CAGUACUCAUCUUGGCCCUGAGAAUAAAAUCAAGAAGAAGCUUUUGAAACUUAAGAGAUUAGAUGGGGCUUGACCUCUGCUGGGCAACCCUAGUUAUAGGAGUUGUUCUGCUGUGCAGAGAAGAUGACUACGGAACUGAGAGAGGCCAUGAUUCCAGACCCUUGGGGCCCAGUGAAGGUGAAAAAGGAGGAGGAAGAGGAGGACAAUUUCCUAAAUCAGGAAUCCAGCCAACAAGCACAUUCUGAGAACUUCAAAGUCUGGGCCCCACAUGAGGGGCCUCAGACAGGCCUUGAUAUAUCCGAAGAGGAGGAGAAGGAUCCGAAUAUGUUCUGGGACAUGGCAGUAGUCCUAAAAGCAACACAAGAGGCCCCUGCUGCUGCACCACUUGGCAGCUACUCAUUACCAAGGACUCUGGCCAAGAGGGAGAUACUGGAGACUCAUGAGAACCUGAACUCUCUGGAUGCUGAAACCAAGAAUCUACAGUUAUUUGUUCCAAAAUCUGAGAUAUGUGAUGAAACUGAAAAACCCCUUGUAAUGUCAGGAAGAAUCCAGAAAGUUGACACUCAAGGACCUGAAUUAAGAGAAUCAUGUGAAACAGGAAACAUGGAAAAGAGGCAGAAAAUAAAGAAGGAAAAGAAAGAUUUCAGACAAGUGACAGUGGAGGAUUGUCACUUACCUGAAAACUUCAAAGAAGAGAAAGACCAAAAAUGUAAGAAAUCUGGGGGUAAAUACAGCCUUAGUUCUGGCUGUAUGAAAAAUCAGAAAAUCCAGCCUGGGCAGAAGCCUUUUACAUGUAGCGUAUGUGGGAAAGGCUUUAGUCAAAGUGCAAACCUUGUCGUGCAUCAGCGAAUCCACACUGGGGAGAAGCCCUUUGAGUGCCAUGAGUGUGGGAAGGCCUUCAUCCAGAGUGCAAACCUUGUUGUACAUCAGAGAAUCCACACUGGACAGAAACCUUACGUUUGUGCAAAAUGUGGGAAAGCUUUCACUCAGAGUUCAAAUCUGACUGUCCACCAAAAAAUUCACUCUUUAGAAAAAACCUUUAAGUGUAGUGAAUGUGAGAAAGCCUUCAGUUACAGCUCGCAGCUUGCCCGGCACCAGAAAGUCCACAUUACGGAAAAAUGCUAUGAAUGCAAUGAAUGUGGAAAGACAUUUACUCGGAGCUCAAACCUCAUUGUUCACCAGAGGAUCCACACUGGGGAGAAGCCCUUUGCUUGUAAUGACUGUGGCAAAGCCUUCACCCAGAGUGCAAAUCUUAUCGUCCAUCAGCGAAGCCAUACUGGUGAGAAGCCAUAUGAGUGUAAAGAGUGUGGGAAAGCCUUCAGUUGUUUUUCACACCUUAUUGUGCACCAGAGAAUUCACACUGCAGAGAAACCUUAUGACUGCAGUGAAUGUGGGAAAGCCUUCAGUCAGCUCUCUUGCCUUAUUGUCCACCAGAGAAUUCACAGUGGAGAUCUUCCUUAUGUGUGUAAUGAGUGUGGGAAGGCCUUCACGUGUAGUUCCUAUCUACUUAUUCAUCAGAGAAUCCAUAAUGGGGAAAAACCUUACACAUGUAACGAGUGUGGCAAGGCCUUCAGGCAGAGGUCGAGCCUUACUGUGCAUCAGAGAACCCACACUGGGGAGAAGCCCUACGAAUGUGAGAAGUGCGGUGCGGCUUUCAUUUCGAACUCACACCUCAUGCGACACCACAGAACCCAUCUUGUUGAAUAA